GGCGUAAGAGCUGUUCGCAAUCCUUCUUUCCAGGUAUUAUUGGUCGCCCGCGAGUACCACCGCCGCCUUCUCACGGUCUCAAUGUACCGUUAGGGCGCGCGCAGCAGGAGCGCUUGAUAUCUCGACAACGUAACACGACAAAGCGCGCGGUUAACCCUCACCAAGCCGGGAUAAUUUUUUUCGUAGUUUGUAUUUGUUGCCCCGAUCGAGAGGGGGAGGCGGCGAAGGAGGGAGGGGGUGCCUGGUGCCCACGUCCGCUGAAAGCCUGCUUCUCACCCGAGCUCGGAGAGGAACGAGAAUCUACUGGGCAUAUAUUUUGAGAGGUGCGAGUUGGAGAGAGCGAAGAACAAGAGGGUUCUGGCGUUCCACACAAAACCGAUCUCAACGAAAAAAAGAGAGAGGACGCGCAGCGCGGCGGGAGGCCCCAGGCGAGACAGCCAUCACAUGACCACCAUGCGGGUGCUUAGACGAAGGACAGCUGCUCUGGCGGUUGGGGUAACGCUCGUCACGACAGCAGCGGCGGCAGCGGCGGGAAGAACAGCCCCGGCGUCAACUAGGCACAGAAAACGCGAACGGCGCUCGGUCGAGAGCUUCCACCAGGGGGGAGCGAGGGGGGCGGCGGCGGUGCCGGCGGCUUCUUGGUUCCGCGGGGACGUGCAGGGGCCGGCGGCCGAUUCGACGCACGCCGCGAGCGGAAGCGCCGCUGGGGGGGCACCGUCCGUCGGAGGGGUACGCGGGGAUGGGGUUGCUGCUCGGGGUUUGCUCGAGGGAAUGGACGAGGAGCCGGACCUGGCCGCGAUCUACGUCCGGAUGAUCGGGAUGCAGCCGGACCUGUCCCAACACUUGGAUGGUGCAUUUGUUGCCUCGCCUGCUGCUGCCGAGGGCGAAGAAACUACCGGCACGGGACUUGCCGCACACAAGAGGUCGUGGCGGUUCGAGGACGGGAAGAGCGACCAAGAGUUUGCGGAGAAGCUUAUCGCGGGGCUCGACGGGCCCCAGCAGGAAGACCUCGCCUCGAAGCUCAUCGCCGAGCUCGGGCAGGCGGGAGAGCAAGACCUCGCGGACACGCUGCUCGUGGGGCUGGAGGAAGCCAAAGAUCGCGAAGAGCUCGCGACGGCCCUGGCGUGGGCUUUCGACACGGCCGGGCGGGGCGGGGGCGGGGGAGAGCUGGCCGAGAAGCUGCUGUCUGGCCUGGAGAGGGACGGGGAGGGGCAGGCGCAGGCUGCCACGCUGCUGGCGGGGCUCGACGCGACCGACAGGCACGAGCUCGCGGGCGCGCUGGUCGACGGACUCCGCCGCGCCGGACAGGACGACCGCGCCCAAGAGCUGUCGGCGGGCAUGGAUUCGGCGAGGGACGAGGAGGAGCUGGCGGUGGUGGUAGCCGCGGCGUUUGGCAGCGUGAGGAAGCAGGUCGCGGUGGCCGGGCGAGGUGGAGGAGCAGCGUUGCUGGAUAACCUCCUCAUCGCCUUCCUGAGGAAGAUCGAGCGGCCGGCGCCUGUCGCGGGGCAUGUCGCGGACGAGGGCGAAGGACAAGAAGCGUUGCUGUUGUUGCAUGCUGCCGGCGACCGGCAGGGGUCUGCUCGGGAGCGGCCGGCCCCGGAAGGCAGAUCGCCGCGGUUGGAACACAUGUACGGCAGCACCAGCGACGGCGACGGCGUCACGGAGUACGUCUAUGCCAACGGGGUGGUGGACUACGUCCGAGAUGUCGUGGUCAACGGGGUCGCACACGAGGUGCUCGAGAAACGCAAUUUUCCUCGCGGCGCCGGCGCCAGCAAGCAAGAUGCCGCCGCCGCCUCCGAGAAGGAGUUCGAAGGAGAAGAAGCUUAUUACUUUAUUUUUGACGACGAUUUGACCUCGAGAUCUGAUGACGAUGAUGCUAGCUCUUUCGGCACGAGGUCAUCAUCCUACUCGUCGGCCCCGUUGUCGUCGUCGACCGUGCUGCCGGCCAACAACAAGCGGUUCAGGGGUCCGUUAUCGUCAUCCGGGUACGCCGACACAAGCGGCCUGUACCGUGGCGGCGGCGGAAGCGGCAGCGGCAGCGGAGGGGCUUUCUCCACCUCCACCACGCUCCUCGAGCGGGAGGAGGAGGGCAUCGAAGAGCCCGCCGCGGAGACACCUGGGGGGGGUUCUCCGCUGCUGCCGCCACCCCCCGCGCGUGAUACUGCGGAGCGCCGCCGUAGCGCUCACGGUGCGGUCGACUCGUCGACGUCGCCGUCUCGAUCGUUCGGCGGGAUGCUCGGAAAUCUGUUCCGCGGAACUUUUGCCGGGCUGUUGCAAUCCCGAGAGGAAGGAUCCGGAGAACGCUCCUCCCCCGUAUUCGAGGGGGAGGACGACGAGGAGGAGGAGGAAGGUGAAGACGCGCGGUUGUUUGGCGCGGCGGAAUGGAGUGGGCGCAGCGCGCAGGCGCGCCGCCGCCGUCUGUACACUUCAAGUAGUGCGGCGACUACUGCUAGCAGCUCGGAUGAUGACAACAACAACUCCGGUGGAAACUACCAAGUCGAAAUUGUUGCCAGCACCGGAGACACGAGCACAAACUGGAACGGCGCGUCCUACAGGCUGGAAGUGGGGACGGUGGUACCCGGGCAGUCGCUGCCAUCUUCGAGCCUCCUCGCUUUUGGCACCAUCAACGAGGGCGACAUAUCGCCAUGGACCCAGACGUUAAACCUGGAGAGGGGCUGCUACGUCCUGUACACCACGGCGGGCACCCGGCCCUACGACGUGGUCUGGCAGGUGGAGGUGGGAGGCAAGGUGUACCAGAAUGCGGCGGGAGGAGGCAAGGACUACCACAGCUUCGGUCUUGGUGGGGCCCUCUGCGGCAUGAGCGAUUGCUAUCGGCUUUGCUACGAAGAGCACGACGACCGCGACGCGGACGAGUGCAAAAGCUUCGGGGACCUCCUGGCACCCUCGGACGAGCCCGCCGGAGCCAACUGCACAUGUACUCAGGAUGAAGAGAUCGAUCUCCGAAUAGAGUGCCUCGGGCGGGACGAUUGCGAGUCUCGGUCCCAGUGCUACCUUCUGGGCGAUGCCGCCGCGGAGAUCACGACGGCGCCCACCCUGCGGAUAGUCAUGUACGUUACGAUCGUCACCACUAACGUCUACGUCGAUGGCAUGGAGACGGCCGUCGCCCAGUGGCUCGACCUGGACCCCGCCUAUGUGACGUUCGUGUUUUGA